UUAUAAGCCCGCAGUGCCCGGAUGUGAAUGGAUUACAAUGUAUCUUUCAGGGGAACCUAUUAUCAUCAAUGUGACUCCACGGGGGAGUCCAUGGUGAUGGUGAUGAGGAGGAGGAGGAGGAUGAUGAGACACUUCUAAACUUGGAACAAGUUUAAGACUUGAUGAGAGGAGAAGAGAAAAAACCCCACCACCACCAAGAUUGGUUUGAGGAAAAAUGAUAACUAUCCUGUAUUGAUUUUUUUGUAAACAAUAAGAAAAAGUUGUUGGAUUUUUUUUUUAAUGAUUUCUUUUUUGGGGGAGGGGAUUUUGUUGCAGUUUUAUGGUGGAAAAUGCAAAAACCACAGCCAGGUGCAUAGUCUUGUAUUCUGUGGAUAUCCCUGGAGCAGGACUGAGUGCCAGUUAAAGUACUUUUUUGGGGGACACACAUGUGAGAUACUAAGUACUUGCAGAAGAUUUUUGUUUCUCUUUUUAAAGUCACUUUCCUUGGAAUAUUGUGAGCAUAUUUGUGGCCAUUUAAGGUUUGUGUGAUUUUGCUAAAAUGCAUCACCAACAGCGAAUGGCUGCCUUAGGGACGGACAAAGAGCUGAGUGAUUUACUGGAUUUCAGUGCGAUGUUUUCACCUCCUGUGAGCAGUGGGAAAAAUGGACCAACUUCUUUGGCGAGUGGACAUUUUACUGGCUCAAAUGUAGAAGACAGAAGUAGCUCAGGGUCCUGGGGGAAUGGAGGACAUCCAAGCCCGUCCAGGAACUAUGGAGAUGGGACUCCCUAUGACCACAUGACCAGCAGGGACCUUGGGUCACAUGACAAUCUCUCUCCACCUUUUGUCAAUUCCAGAAUACAAAGUAAAACAGAAAGGGGCUCAUAUUCAUCUUAUGGGAGAGAAUCAAACUUACAGGGUUGCCACCAGCAGAGUCUCCUUGGAGGUGACAUGGAUAUGGGCAAUCCAGGAACCCUUUCGCCCACCAAACCUGGUUCCCAGUAUUAUCAGUAUUCUAGCAAUAACCCCCGAAGGAGGCCUCUUCACAGUAGUGCCAUGGAGGUACAGACAAAGAAAGUUCGGAAAGUUCCUCCAGGUUUGCCAUCUUCAGUUUAUGCUCCAUCAGCAAGCACUGCCGACUACAAUAGGGACUCGCCAGGCUACCCUUCCUCGAAACCAGCAGCCAGCACUUUCCCUAGCUCCUUCUUCAUGCAAGAUGGCCAUCACAGCAGUGACCCUUGGAGCUCCUCCAGUGGGAUGAAUCAGCCUGGCUAUGGAGGGAUGCUGGGCAAUUCUUCCCAUAUUCCACAGUCUAGCAGCUACUGUAGCCUGCAUCCACACGAACGUUUGAGCUACCCAUCACACUCCUCAGCAGACAUCAAUUCCAGUCUUCCUCCAAUGUCCACUUUCCACCGUAGUGGUACCAACCAUUACAGCACCUCUUCCUGUACGCCUCCUGCCAACGGGACAGACAGUAUAAUGGCAAAUAGAGGAAGCGGAGCAGCAGGCAGCUCCCAGACUGGAGAUGCUCUGGGGAAAGCACUUGCUUCGAUCUAUUCUCCAGAUCACACUAACAACAGCUUUUCAUCAAACCCUUCAACUCCUGUCGGCUCUCCGCCUUCUCUCUCAGCAGGCACAGCUGUUUGGUCUAGAAAUGGAGGGCAGGCCUCAUCAUCUCCUAACUAUGAAGGACCCUUGCACUCCUUGCAAAGCCGGAUUGAAGAUCGUUUAGAAAGACUGGAUGAUGCCAUUCAUGUUCUCCGAAAUCAUGCAGUGGGCCCGUCCACCGCUAUGCCUGGCAGUCACGGGGACAUGCAUGGGAUCAUUGGACCUUCUCAUAAUGGAGCAAUGGGUGGUCUGGGCUCAGGGUAUGGAACCGGUCUUCUUUCAGCCAACAGACAUUCACUCAUGGUCGGGGCCCAUCGUGAAGACGGAGUGGCCCUGAGAGGCAGCCAUUCUCUUGUGCCAAACCAGGUUCCAGUCCCACAGCUUCCUGUCCAGUCGGCCACCUCCCCUGAUUUGAACCCGCCGCAGGACCCGUACAGAGGUAGGUCCACUGGGGCACUUCUGUCCUCACACAACAGCAGAGCUAGUGCUGAUCCCCCGCUUACUUGGCAUUCGUCCCUCAGGAAGCACUGGCAGAAAACCAAGAAUCAAAUUUGGCCCCCAAAUGGCAUGCCCCCAGGCCUGCAGGGCCAGAGCGUCUCCUCCGGCAGCUCUGAGAUCAAAUCCGACGACGAGGGCGAUGAGAACCUGCAAGACACGAAAUCUUCCGAGGACAAGAAACUAGAUGACGACAAGAAGGAUAUCAAAUCAAUUACUAGGUCAAGAUCUAGCAAUAACGACGACGAGGACCUGACACCCGAGCAGAAGGCGGAGCGUGAGAAGGAGCGGAGGAUGGCCAACAAUGCCCGCGAGCGCCUGCGCGUCCGCGACAUCAACGAGGCUUUCAAGGAGCUGGGCCGCAUGGUGCAGCUCCACCUCAAGAGUGACAAGCCGCAGACCAAGCUCCUGAUCCUCCACCAGGCCGUGGCCGUCAUCCUCAGCCUGGAGCAGCAGGUCCGAGAGAGGAAUCUGAACCCGAAAGCUGCAUGUCUGAAAAGAAGGGAGGAGGAAAAGGUAUCCUCGGAGCCGCCCCCGCUGUCCUUGGCGGGCCCUCACCCUGGAAUGGGAGACGCUUCGAACCACAUGGGACAGAUGUGAAAGGGUCCAAGCUGCCACAUUGCUUCAUUAACACAAGAGACCACUUCCUUAACAGCUGUAUUAUCUUAAACCCACAUAAACACUUCUCCCUGACCCCUUUUUUGUAAUAUAAGACAAGUCUGAGUAGUUAUGAAUCGCAGACGCAAGAGGUUUCAGCAUUCCCAAUUAUCAAAAAACCGAAAAACAAACAAAAAAAAGAAAGAAAAAAGUGCAACUUGAGGGAUGACUCUCUCUAACAUAUCAUUCAGAAUGUGCAAAGCGGUGUGAGCAGGCUGAGAUCAGCCCAGAGACUGAAUGGCAAUCCUUCCACACUGUGGAACAAUGCAUUUGUGCCUAAACUUCUUUUGGAAAAAAAAUAUAAUUAAUUUGUAAGUCUGAAAAAAAUAUUUAAUUUAAAAAUUGUAAACUUGCAAUAAUGAAAAAGUGUACUUCUGAAGAAAACUACAUGAACGUUUUUGUUGGUAUUCAAGUCAGCUAGUGUUUAUAAUUCCUGGAUAGCGAAUGAGGGAAGCUCGGCUGCCCUAGUAACAAAACCAGCAAACGUCCUGAGACAGCGAAGUGAUGACAUUAGCCAUUCCUUAGGGUAGGAGGAACAGAUGGAUCUUAUAGACCUAUGACAAAUAUAUAUAUAAAUAUAUAUAUAAAUAUAUAUUAAAAAUUUAGUGACUAUGGUAAGCUUUUGUUCAUUUGUUUCAGACUUUUUUCUCCUGUAAAAAAAUAGUACUGAUUAACUUUUUUAAAAGAAAGAUUUUACUGUAAAUACGGAUUUUUUUUUUUUUUUUUUUUUUUUGGUCUUCUUUCUGUCCCUUCCCAGUUUGUUAUCGUAACCUGUAGUGCCAACUCUGCUUCCGGAGGGGUAGUGCAGGAUGAAACGCCGACCCUGAUGUUGCUUUUCAUUCACGAAUAAGUAGAAAGUUGUUUCUCCAGUCUUUUGGGAACACGGGACUUAAAAGUCACAUCAUGUGUAGAUAUUACUAGCAGCAUUACUAAGACACGGCAAAAGGAGUGUGUCUGAACUGUAAUGUUGAGCGUGUGGCCCUCUCCUGGGAUUUUCAGAGGUACAAGGUUAGAAUGCUACAAUGUUACCACUGUGCCUUCCAAUGUUUAUAUCAUCGGAAACAUAACAUAAUCAAAGUGGCUGUGAUUUAACAAAAUGAUUAAAGUGUUACCUACAUGUGUAGCCGAAGUAGUGUGCAGUGAGGCGUUUCUGAAUACAUGGUCAGAUUUUUGGAAAAAAACAAAAACAAAAAAACAAGUAAAGUUCAAAAACCAUCAAAUGAGAAAAUUGCAAGUAGUGUGACAGAGCUGAUUGAUUUUGUUGCUUUCUUGAUUUUUUUUUUGAAAAUGGGUUUACUAAGAUGUAGAUGAUAUAACUGCCUCCUCCAUCUGAAAAAUGCCAAUAUUCAAUCAUCAUGCAGCAUUAUAACAAGCCUUAUAAGUCCUAAAGCAUUAAGUUGCACUUUCUUGAGGAGGGGUAGUGCAGUAUUUCUCUGGCCAGUAUGAAUGAAGUUUAUACCUAACAUAUUUGAUAGAAACAUAGAUCAAGCUAUGGCACAGCAACUCAUCAGAUAGCUAGCUUUGACGUCUGGGCACAAUUGAACCAACUUCCAACGUGAAUCUUUAUAAUGAUUGAGUUUGGUGUAUAGUGCAGUAAACAAAUAGUGCUCCUAGUUAAGUAUUUGUCAGCAUCCUUUUGUCUCUAACUCGUUUCUGUUUUUACAGCCACACAAUCUUGGCAUGUAUUAAGAAAAAAAAAUCCCUAUUCAAGUAGUUUUUUCCACCUAUCAGCACUGAGUAAAUGCCAUAAAUCCAUCAAAAUGGUCUAAAUGUUCCAUCUGUUCUCCUGUUUUGCCAGUUAUAUAGUAAUGAAAUACAUUUGUAAAUUUUAUGCAACAAACGGCAAACGUAUCAUUAUUUUGAAAUUGUGUAUGUAAAAGUUAUAUUUUUACACGUAGACUCUUGUUAUUAUGUGUUUUAAUACAUUGUAUUGGUUUUUGUUUUGUUUUUUUUAACUGUGUGGUUUAAAAACGUCUCAUUUAAAUGAAAUAGUGAGCUACAAGAAUCUGAAUUUUAUGUUCAUUUCUGAAAAUGUAAGAACAAAUAAGGUAGUUACCACGUGGUCAUCUUUUACAAACCCAUAAACAUUUUGAUUAGCUGUGUGUGUGUGUUGAAAACUGUAAAUAUGUUCAGUAGUGAUAAAACUAAAAUACUUUGAUUUGUUGAUAAGUUCCUAAAAUGUGGAGGUGGAUUAAAACCUUAGGAGAAUAGCAGAAAUCAAACGUCAUGAAGAGUUAUUUUGAGGCUUUCCUGUGAAAUGUAUGAACAAAGGGACUCCAAGAGGGCAUGGAAGACAGUGUUGUGUCCGCUCCCCUCCUCUGAAAUAAUGGAAAACAUGUGUCUGUGUUCCCUGGUAUGUAAAGAUUUCCUUUAGUGGUACAUUCUGCACUCACUUUGUAUAGUCUACCAAGGCGGGUAUCCCUAGGAACAAUAUAUAGGAAGCAGGUCUACUUUGAUCACAUUCAGGAUAAGUGUACAGAAGAAAAUACGGUGUUUACUCUUUAGGGAACUGGAAACACUCCCUGUGUUGAUGUACAUGUUAAGAAUGGCACUUUUGAUACACGUUAUCAUACAGGUGCUUAAUAGAGCUGAUUUAAAGGUUUUCAAAUCUGUAAACAGAGCAAAAAACUAAAUUGUAGUUAUUUGAUUAUUUUUUAAAUUGGUGCUUUAUAUUUUGUUCUCACUCCAACAGAGGAAAAGCUGCAAUUUAUUGUUCACCAGCUUUGAUGUAUUCAUUACCCAGUAAUGUAAUACCUCUAUUGUCGAAUUCCCUUUGGAAAGAAGCGAAAAACUUUCUAAUGGCCACCAAACGCUGCUCAGUACUUUUUGCUUGGUGGAGAAACAUCUGCACCUAUCCGUGUAAUUGGGUUGUGUCCCCAUUAAAAAAGAAAGGAAGAAAAAGAUGAAAGGGAAUGUGGCCUUCUUAGUGUGUUUUUUCUCGUUGUUUUGUAAAUUAUCAAACCCAGGUAAGAUAUUGGUAUCCUGUGCUGGAUUUUUCUAAUGAAGUUUAGCAGAAGACAGAAUUAAAGAACUACACAAAAAUGCCAUAAGGGUCCAUACUCUAUGUGUGAUGAUACCUAGGCUGGGGAUCUGUUUAAGAGACUUGGACAUUAAAGCAACUUGGAACCAUUGAUCCACCUCCACAUUCAAGUAAUUUAUGAAUAUGCAGAAUAGGGAUCUGUUCAUCUAGCAAGUUUACCAUUUGUCUUCUGUGUAGCUGCAAGGAACACUAAUGUUUAUACAACUGUCAGUCCACCCAGUGACGCAACUGGUUCUGAUUCAGUCUUCCGAUUCCUUUCUGUUUUUCGCUUUUUUCCUAUUUCUUGAUUUUUUUAUUUUAUUUGUGAUCUUUAUUUUGAUGAGGGGUUCGGGGUUGGGGAGGGAGGUGAACCAAGACUUGGGGUUAAGAGGAUUUCGUCUUGGAUCCAACAGGCAGAAUAUGAUCUGUGUCCAAAAGUGAACUUGAGUCAGGAAUGAAACAUUUUCAGCAUAAAUAAGCACAAAAAUUUAGUCUGCUGGCUGACUGGAAACAAAACAAACAAACAAACAAAAAGUCAAGAUGGAAUAUGAUGAAUUCCAACACGAUGGGGCACCAAGGCCGCUAGGCCUCUCUUUUUAUUUUGCUUUGGUUUUGUUUGUUUUUCUUUAGAGACAUGCUCUUUCUCAUGGGACUUGACGUGGACUCAUCUUCGUGCAGUGCUGGUUUUGCCAUCCUCAUUUCAAGUAUUAUAGACAUAUGUAACGGUGAAAUAUAUGAACUGUGGCCUUUUUCAUUCUUGUUACUUGUGAUGCAAUUAAGUGAAGAUAAGAAAAAAAAAAAGCAGAGAUUUACCAUGUAUCAGUGCCUGGCUUUUUGUUAUAAAGCUUUGUUUGUCUAGUGCUCUUUUUGCUAUAAAAUAGACUGUAGUACACCCUAGUAAGAAAAAAAAAAACUAAAUUUAAAAAUAAAAAUAUAUUUGGCUUAUUUUUCGUAGGAGCAAUCCUUUUAUACCAUGAAUAUUACAAAAAAAAUUGUCAGAUUCUGAAUAUUUCUUCUUUGUAGAUUUUUGGAAUCAUUAUGAGUAAAGUUUGUUACUUUAUUUUACUAUUUAAAAGAUGUUAUUUUACCAUGUGUUACUGAGAUGAAACUGUAUGGUAGCUUUUUUUGUUUGUUUUUUUUUGUUUUGUUUCAUUUGUUUAUUUUUUUAGUUGUAGGUCGCAGCGGGGAAAUUUUUUGCGACUGUACACAUAGCUGCAGCAUUAAAAACUAAAAAAAAAAAAUUGUUAAAAAAAGAAAAAAAAAGGGAAAACACUUCGAAAAAAAGAUAAACAGUUACACCUUGUUUUCAAUGUGUGGCUGAGUGCCUCGAUUUUUUCAUGUUUUUGGUGUAUUUCUGAUUUGUAGACGUGUCCAAACAGGUUGUGUGCUGGAGUUUCUUCAAGACAAAAGCAAGCCCAGCCUGGUCCAGGCCAUUACCUGUCCCAUCUGUAGUUAUCGAUGAAGUCAUGUACAUGACCGUUCUGUAGCAAUAAAUGUGCCAUUUUUAUAAA